UUAGCUCAGAGAAUAAGAGAGAUCAACAAGCAAAAGCACAGCUGCAAAUUCCGCAAGAAUGGCGAGUUCAAGGUUUGGGUUGGGAGAAGAGCUGAUCAAUAAAGCCUGCUCAUUGGCGAUGAAGGCUUAUAAAUAUCCGGAAAAGCUUUAUCUCCACGACAAGUCAAGUAAAACCGAUGUGAUAUUUAGCUUUGCCGGAACUUGGUCGGUAAACGAGUGGUUCACUCAAAACCCAUUUGGAAAAAAGGAGAUCAAUCGCGAUCAAUUUCCAUCUCUAAGAAGUAUAAGCAAUGAUGAAGUUGCAACAGUGAACGAAGCUUUUCUGAAUAGAUUUCUAACAAUUUUGCCACAUCUACUGAAGGAGGUGGGGAAAGCUGUGGCAGAGAAUAAGCAAAUAGUGUUUACAGGGCAUUCCUCAGGUGGUGCUAUUGCCAUUCUAGUGACAGUGUGGUUCCUUCAGCAGCAAUACAAACCCGAUUCAACAAUAAACCUCAGGAAGCCACCGUUCUGUGUCACUUUUGGAUCUCCCCUUGUUGGUGAUAGAAUAUUCAAUCAUGCUCUUGGGCGAGAAAAUUGGUCACAGUACUUCCUUCACUUUGUUUCGAGAUACGAUAUUAUACCUCGAGUUUUGUUUGCUCCUCUCUCUUCCAUCGAGAACUACCUACCCUUAAUCCUGGAUUACUUGAAUCCCAAAACCACACUUCCCUUUCAAGAGCCAAUUGAAGAAGCAUCAUCAAAACUUUAUGAAAAUGUAACGAGGAACGCUUCAUCUCUUACAAGUCAUGCCGCUUGUCAAUUGAUGGGAAACACAAAUAGGUUAUCCGAAACUUUGUCAAGUUUUAUUGAGCUAAGCCCGUAUAGACCAUUCGGAAACUAUAUUAUUUUUACAGAUGAUGAAAGCGAGCUGUUGCUUUUGAAAAACCCUGAUGCUGUUCUGCAGAUACUGUUCUACUCUUCUCAAUUACGCUCCGAAGCAGAAGUUCAACAGGUUGCUAUAAGAAGCCUCAAGGAGCACCAGAAAUAUCUAGAUAAAUUACAGAGCUUAGAGACGAAAAAUGUGACCGAUUUAGACUCUUGGGAUGGGCUUCCAUUGUCUUCAGAUGGUGUUGUUGGAAGAGAAAGAAUUGACACUCUCUUGAAUAACCUGGGUUUGAGCACAAGAGCCAGAUUGUGCCUUUGCGCUGCCAAAGAGUUAGAGAAGCAAAAAUUGAGAAACCAAGAAAGGAUCGACGGUAAAAUGAGGAAUAUCGAAAAUGGAAUAGAAAAGCUGGAAAGAUAUAAAGCCAAGUGUGAGGCUAACAAACACAGCUACUAUGAUGCCUUCAAGAAGUCAAAAGGCCAUGAUGAUUUCGCCGCAAAUGUGACGAGGCUUGAAUUGGUUGGUAUCAUAGACGAGAUAAUGGAAAUGAUAAAAAGAUACGAACUUCCUGAUGGGUUUGAAGGUCGUGAAGAGUGGUUGAAUAUUGGAACAAGGUACCGACGCAUUGUUGAACCUCUAGAUAUUGCUAACUACUACAGGCACUUGAAAAAUGAAGAUACAGGAGCUUAUAUGAUAAAUGGCAGACCGAAACGUUACAGAUUCACCCAAAAGUGGCGUGAGUAUGCCUUGAAAAUGGAAAAAGGAUCCAGUUGGGAAUCCUGUUUCUGGGCAGAGGUAGAGGAGCUGGAGAUUUGCCUUAGAACUAGUAACAAUUUCGGUUUGUCAGAAGAUGUUAGGGAAAUGAUUUCGCACCUGGAUGAAAAGGUAGUUUCGUGGAUUUAACGUGUAGAGCUAGGUGCUGAUGUGUUUUUCGAGGAUUCUACCUUCAUCAAGUGGUGGAACACACUCCCUGAGCAACUUAGAUCAGAAUCUCGCAUUUCAGGGCUCCUAAACAAGAUAUUUUGUCCAUAAUCGUCUUCUUCAAUAACUAUCGCUAACAAUUGUUAGCUCCAAGCUUGUUUUACAUAUUAUAUAAUUACAGUAUCUAGUUUUAAUGUAUACUUGAUCAAUAUAUUCUAAGAUUUGAAAGCAUCAAAAGACCCGCCUUGCGGGCCUUUCAUGGAUUGUCAA